GAGCGGCGAGGGUAGAGGGAGUUCCUUGUUCCAAUUCUACUCCUUUUUAUUAAGUUCCUGGAUGACAGCAGGAGGAUCAAGAUGUCGGUCAAGAGAUAUUUAACCCCCGAACAGUUAGUGGGGUUUGAAAAUUAUAAGUAUAGUGCUCAAGAUACCAGUCCUCUCAGCAAUUAUGUUAUGCACCCGUUUUGGAACACUGUAGUGAAGAUAUGUCCACGGUGGAUAGCGCCUAAUGUCCUCACAUUUGUGGGUUUCCUGUUUACGGUGGCCAACUUUGUCCUGUUGUCCUUUUACGACUACAGUUACUAUGCAUCUAGCGUUGACAUACCUCCUGGCACUGGCCCAUACCCACCUGUGCCUAAUUGGGUGUGGAUAGUCUGUGCUCUCAAUCACUUUCUGGCACAUACUUUAGAUGGGAUAGAUGGAAAGCAGGCACGAAGGACUGGCACGAGUGGGCCGUUGGGAGAGCUGUUUGACCAUGGCCUGGACUCCUGGACCACGUUCUUCAUCCCGGCCUGCAUCUGGUCCAUUUUCGGCAGGACAGACUAUAGCAUUAGCCCACUCAGGUUCUAUUUCAUUUUGUGGAAUGUACUGUCCUGUUUCUACACCUCUCACUGGGAGAAAUACCUUACCAAGAUACUGUUUCUUCCGUGGGGCUACGAUAUAUCACAGGCGCUAAUCUUCGCCAUAUACUUGGUAACGGGAAUAUGGGGACAGCAAAUAUGGAAGUUCGAGAUAGUACAGGGAAUUUCUUCAGGGGCCAUGUUCGAGUUCAUGAUGUAUGCAGGGUCACUGGGCACCUCACUUCCAAUGUCAUUUUGGAAUGUUUAUAAUCAUUGCCGGCUGAUUGUCUCCCAGAUGAGUAGCACAAGAUGCGAGCUCUUGAAUUGGCUUUUGUUGCCACUUGCUCUAGCUGUGGGGAUUGCAAUCACAUUUCCCACACUGGAGUUGGCAACACUCCUGAUCAUGGGCAGCAUUGCAACCGUUGCACACAUCCACUAUGGUGUCUAUGUGGUUCGUCAGAUGUGCGAUCACUUCCACAUCAAGUGCUUCAGCAUCAAAGACAGGACCGAAUGAUUGCUUGCCAACAGUGCAUAAGGAUUCUGCAGACAGUUGCCCUCUCAGUCAUAGCAUAAGUGGCGAUUAUGUUGAUGGCAACCCAUACUCAUUUGUUCACAAUGUGUGGAGUCGGUGCAUAUCAGAUAAGUCCUCCAAAUGACUUGCAUAUGUGGAAAUAUGGAUACACGAACAAAUACUUCUCUCUCUCUCUCUCUUUUUAUUUUUUUUUUUUUUUUUUUAUUUAUUAUUAUUAUUUUUUUCUUCUUCUUCUUCUUCUUUUUUUGUUUUUAUCAAGGGAUUUUUUUUAUUUUUUGAAUAUAAAGGAAGAGGAGAGGAGAACACAAAGUUCCUCUGGGCUAGUUCAAAGUAUUGGGAUGAAGAUUGAAUGAUUGUGAUAGAAUUCAUUGAGGUACAGACAUGUUGACAAUAUAUCUCACUUUUAUCUAUAAAAGGCAAAAAGAAUGCUCAACUCGUAGAUGAGUAAUAUCAGAUUACACUAACAUAGUUGAGGGAUGGAUGUGUUAUAUCUCAUGACAUCCAUUAAAACUUCAAGAAUAAUGUUCAUGAGAGUAGACUGGUAAAUGCCAGACAUACCUGAUGAAGAAGACAAUAAGUACCUUAGAUAGCAACAAAAAACAAAAAAACUAUUUAUUGUUAUCUCCUUUAUAGAGUAGUACUGCAUAGAGUUCAUGGACUGACGGCAAUGAUUCAACAUCAUUAACAUUAAUUGGCUUGCUUACUAGUAUGCUCUAGUGACAGAUGCUCGAACUCAGCCUCCCUAACACUGCUUUCUCUCCCUCACUCACUCCCAUCCUCCCUUCCAUAACUCCAUACCCUUACCCCUUCCUCCCUUCCCCUCCCUUUCCUUACCAAUCCUUCAUUCCCUCCCAGUUCUCUCAUCACUCCCUCCCACUUGUAACCCCUUUCCACUCUUGUCCUUCCCAUUUCCAUUUUUUCCUCCCUCACAUCCCUCCCAGCUUUUUAUCCUUGGGAACACACCUCUUAUGUAGCCGUAGAAAAGGUAUUCAGGUCACAUAGUACCGGGUGUGAUGAGGGGGAACUCUAUACCUCUCCUCAUCAUGUGUUGCUUUGUGCCUUGAGUUUUGUGUCUUGCAGAUUAUUGGAUGAUUUAAGGUGCAAUACUUCAUGGAUUUAUGGUUAUAGAUGUUCCUUUUUUGACAUGUUGAGAAAAAGAGGGUAAAAAAAAUGAGGUAGUCCAGAUAACAGUGAUGAUUAUUUAUUGAUUCCUUUUAAUUUUUUGUCUUCUUUUUGAGUUCAAUUUUUUCAUUUCAUGUGCUCACAUUUGUAUGUACUAUCCCUGCAUGAUUAUAGCACAGACAUGUAAUCAUACACAUAGACACAGAGUAAACCAAUGCAUUCUGUAUUCUUGCUAAAACUUUCCCCUACAUUAUUUUCUUUUCAAUUUAGCUUUUUUUCAGUAGCCAUUUGAACACAAAUCUAUCUAUGUAUAUCACUCCAUCCAUCCAUAUCUAUAUCUGUCUACCUCCACAUGUCCUUUUUCCUUUCAUCUUUUUAUUUUUUUUAUUUUUUUAUUUAUUAUUAUUUUUUUUUAAAGAUCUGUUUUGAUGUACAAAGUUUCUAUACUUUGACUGUUGACAUGACUCUCAUAGACAUUUUAUUUAUUUGUUAAUUCACAUUUCAACUAAAAAUAAGAUUCUCAUUUUAUAAAACAUGCUCUUUAUUAUAAAGAGGUUAUUUUCACCUUUAUUGCAUUACAGUAGUUUAUUUUAAUGUGGAAUAAUUUAUUAGAUACAAUGUAAUGAUGGAAGUAUUAAUAUUGGUAAUAGUGUGCAGUAUUUAAAGUAGUGCUGUGGAUGCUGAUGGUAUGGAUCAGCAGAUUACAAUAUGAAGCUUUUUUAUUGUAUCUUUUUGUUGAACUGUGUUAACAAUUUUUAUCCAUGCCAUCAUGAAAUGGGAGGUCUUAAUUAGUACAAUCAAUAGGUGUACAUUUUUCAGGUAAAUGUUGCCAAGAUAUUGUUGUUGUUUAUGUUACAGAGUAUAGAGGCAGUUGUUAACUGUGCAGCUCUUGUAAAACAUAAAUGGAUAUCAUACCUUUUUCAACUGAAUGCUGAGACAGUAGGUUUACUAGCCAGAAUUGACAACCAUGACUUUAGUUAAAAUAUGAGAUUACCAGAAACUGUAAGAUUAGGUAUAUAAAUAGCUGUGCAACUUAGGACAACAUUAUUGCAAAUCACCACAUCAGCCACCAAGUAUUAGAGUGGGGGCUGGCUGUCUGGCAUUGACACCAGCUUUGUCUUACACCAAUUGCCUGUUCUUCACUAGCAGCUACUUCAGACUUUGCUAAUUCGCGGACGAUCUUGUGCGAAUCUUUUAUGGUAAUGAUUGGAGAAAAGAUUCAGAUAGCCUCUUUGAGAUUGAUUAGCAGUAAUUAGUCUUGUGUCUACUGCAUUGUUUGCCUGUAUGAUGGUACUGGGUUAAUGGCAUGUACAGGAAUUCACUAUUUACAAUAAACACCCUCACUGGAACUUUACCAAACUGUGUAUUACUAACAUUCCAUGGCCUCCUUUGCAUGCUUUAUGGUGACUGCCUAAUGCUCCUUCUUUCUUUAUAAUGAUUCACUGCUGCUCAGAUCUGUGUGUGUGUGGGGGGAAAUGUGAUAUAAAAUUGGGAGAUCUCUUAUCAGAUGCAUUUUAUGGUGAGUAUGAAAUCUAAAAGCUAGUUGUGAAUAUCAUUAUUUUUCUUAUUGUAGAUGGAAAUUUGGAGAAUAGUUUUUUUAAGACAUGAGAUGAAAAUGUUAAAGAAUGUAAAUAAUCAAAUAUUUAACAUUUGAAAGAUUGGUUAAAUUAUUGUUUACUUUGAAGUUUUAUUGCUCAUCUGUUAACAUACUUUGAUUUUGUUCAACUUUCAUUUUCUUAAUUUAUUUUUAUUGUUGUUAUUUAAUUUAUUUAUUAUAUAUAUAUAUUUUUUGUCUCUCUCUCUUCAGUUUUAACCUCACUAGAUUUAUCACAAUUAUUCAUCGUUGGAAUUAAUUUUUUUUUUUUUUUUUUAUCUUUUUUUAUUCCCAUUUAAGUCACUCUUCACUUAUUAUUAUUAUUAUUAUUAUUGUUAUUAUUGUUAUUAUUAUUAUUAUUGGUUUGUUGUUGCUAGUGUUGUAUGAUGAUCGCAAGAGCAACAGCAUAUCCCUUGCCUUCCUAAGAAGUAUUCGUAGUCUACAUCUGUAUCCUUAAGCAGGUUGUGAAAGAAAGCUCUCCAUCAGGAGGUCCAGAUGAUUCAUAGAAUCCUGGUUUUACAACAGAAGAGGAAGAAAUGUACCAAAAGUUGUGUUCAAGAGUGAUGGAAGAGGGCUCUGCCUAAAAGGCCUGUCCACACAAGUAGGCGUAAUCAAUAGGCACAGCAGUGGGCACCUGUAAAGGUGAUGUCACAGGUGAGAAAACAAUGGGAAACUACUUGUUUACUAAGUAAUUUGCCUGUCACCUCUACCCUUGCCCACUUUUGUGCCCGCUGAUCAUGGCCACUUGUGUGGAUUGACCUUUAGAAUCUGCAGUUUCCUGUGUACUGUUGGGGAUCUGUAUACCUGACCAGAUUUUAUAAGGCUUAGUCACACAGUCACUGUGUGAUCUGAAUAAUUUUGCUCCGUAACUGAAUAUCACAAAGUUGAAGAUAGCAAAAUCAUAUCCUGAAAGCAUGAUUUUCAUUUUAAUCUAGUUUGCUUGUGUAUGAUUUCGUGAAAAAAAAAAUCAUCAUUCUCUCUCAAUCAUUUUUUUCCUUUUGAUUCCCUAUUUUUCAUGUACACAAUUAUUGAUAUUCAAUAUGUAGAAUUGAUAAGUGAGUCAUGAAUAAUAAAAGCUUUUCUCUUUUCAUCAAAGUACAAUUUUGAUAAAUUUGUAGAUUUUAGAUCUUACUUCCUCUUUUUCUUUCUUUCAAGGUAUGCUUUAGUUAUCUUCUCAACUUCAUAUCAAGUGUUUAUUUUGCCUUUUUUUUCUUCUUUGUAAAAAUGUUUGAAUAAUAUUUAUUUUCUGAGAAAUUUCUAGAUGUGAAUAUAUACAUUGACAGACUUCCUGUGAUUUGUUUGAUCAUUUACAGAAUGUGACUGAUAGUAUUGAAACAGAGUAAACCACACAUCACUCUAAAGUAAAUUAUUACAGACCCACUAAACUGUAAACAAUAUUUUGAGUCCACUCUGCACUUACUACUGUGUACUAAAAGUUUCACUACACGUCAUUGCAUUUUGUAGAUUGUUGUACAAGUCAAAGGAAGGGAGAUUUUCAUUAGAAUGGACAUAGAUUGAAGACAGUUUUUUUUUCUGUUAGUGUAUUUGUUCCUAAUGUUUUUGAUUAUACUGUAGUUGCUUAUUUGUAUUAUCAUUAUUACUUAAUUUUUUCCAUGAACUACAAGUGUUAUUAUUAUUUUUAUCAUUAUCUUUUUAUGCUUAUAAUUGGUAUUUUUUUGUGAUUGUUUUGCUUUUAUUGAUAUUACCAUUAUUUUUUGUAUUUUAAUUUAUUAAACAAGAUGGUAACGCUGUUCGGAAAUCUAGAGAUAGCAUGUUAAUUUAGGUAGCUUAUAUUAAGCUUUCUCCUUUUGACACAAUUUUCCUGGAGUUCGUAAUAAUUUUUU